AUGGCAUUUAAUUUGAUAGCCUUCACGCUAGCUCCUACCUUGGAGGAAUUUGACCGGUGCGAAUCACCCACAAUAACACCAAUUGACAGAUCAGAACAACUUUUGGUUCUAAAAACGAGGGAGGUAGAGCUGGAAAUAAAACGAGAGGAAACGGAGACUCAAAGACUUCGGUUGUGGGAGCUGGAGCUUGAGAUGGAGCGGGAACAUUUUCUGCGAGAUUUCAGCCGGUUACACCGGGCUGAGAGCGCGCCGGAGAGUUCCCCUGCCUCUCCAUCAUUCGCUCAGUUACCUGCAGCGGCUGCGCCGGGUUCUUCUUCUCUCGUUUCUGCCCCAGUUACUACCUCCCCACCCCAGUUUGAUGUAAGCAAGCAUAUUGUUUUAGUACCUCCUUUUAGAGAGACCGAAGUGGAUAGCUAUUUUAUAGCUUUUGAGCGAGUGGCGGCUACGUUACAGUGGCCGAGAGCAAUGUGGGCUCUCUUGUUACAGUGUAAGCUGACUGGUAAAGCGCAGGAUGUGUGCUCUGCGUUGCCUAUUGAGCAAAGUUUGGAUUACGACACGGUCAAACAGACGGUCCUACCAUCUGUCCUCAUCCUCCUGGACCUGUCAGCUGCAUUUGACACCGUGAACCACAAGAUUCUAUUAUCUAUUCUUACAAGCCUUGGAAUUUGUGGAACAGCGUGGCAAUGGUUUGCUUCUUACCUUAAAGAUAGGUCAUAUGAGGUAACAUGGAGGGGAUCUACAUCUGCCCCACGUAGACUCUCUACUGGUGUCCCGCAGGGCUCAGUACUUGGUCCUCUUCUGUUCUCCCUCUAUACCCGGUCUCUUGGUAAGGUCAUAUCAUCGCAUGGAUUCUCAUACCACUGUUAUGCAGACGACACACAACUUGUCCUCUCCUUUCCUCCCUCUGACACUCAGGUUUCCACCCGGAUCUCAGCAUGUCUGGCAGACAUCUCAUUUUGGAUGGCUGCUCAUCAGCUGAAGCUCAAUCUCAGUAAAACCGAACUGUUGUUUAUCCCUUGUGACUCAUCUCCAGGUCAAGACCUUGUGAUAUCCAUGGACAACAACCAAAUCACUCCCUCAACCACCGCCCGCAAUCUUGGGGUAACCGUGGACAAUCAUCUGUCAUUUUCCCCACACAUCGCUAACCUUACUCGCUCUUGUCGAUUUCUUCUUUACAAUAUCAGAAGAAUUCGCCCAUUUCUUUCUUCACAGGCUACUCAGGUGCUUGUUCAGUCCCUUGUUAUUUCAAGACUGGACUACUGCAACUCACUCCUGGCAGGCCUGCCUCUGUCCACGAUUCGUCCUCUGCAACUGAUCCAGAAUGCAGCAGCACGACUCGUUUUUAACCUUCCCAAGUUCUCCCACACCACCCCACUCCUCCGCUCCCUGCACUGGCUUCCUGUAGCUGCCCGCAUCAAAUUCAAAACACUGAUGCUUGCCUACAAAGCCAAAAAUGGCCCAGCACCCACUUACCUCUCUGCGCUAAUUACACCACGCACUGCACCACGUUGCCUCCGAUCCUCCAGCACUGCUCGCCUCAUCCCACCAUCUCUCAGGGAUCGAGGGCGGCAUUCAUCCAGGCUCUUUUCUGUUCUGGCACCUAGAUGGUGGAAUGAACUUCCUCUAGAUGUCCGUACAUCAGAGACUUUGACUAUCUUUAAACGACGACUCAAGACUCAUCUGUUUCUCCAGUACUUGGACUAACCCCCCUCCC